AUGCAUUAUGGUUACAGUGAGGCAGUAGUGGCUAUGGCAACUGCGGAUGUGAUGGUGUAUGAUGAUGCCACCAAAAGGUGGGUGGCUCCGGACGGAGGCAUUGAGCCGGCUAGGUCGCAAGUUAGAAUACUUCGCAACACCCAUACAAACGCGUUCCGUAUUGUUGGUACCAGACUACAGAAUCGGCAAUGGAUUUUGAAUUGCAAUGUUUAUGACCGGUUGAAGUAUAAUCCCGCCACUCCUCUUUUUCAUCAAUGGAGAGAUGAAAAAAGGAAAGUUUAUGGUUUGAACUUUAUGUCUGAGGAUGACGCACGCUCAUUUAUCUCUGUAAUGACCGAUGUACUUGCACUGCUAGCGUCAAGCAGUGAUUAUCAAAACGGUACUGCAUUUGGAAAUUCCAAUGGCGUUUAUCAUGAGCCUCAGCAACUUCAUCAUGUACCGCAUAGUGAACCUUCCUUUAGAGACGCUGAUCAAGAGAGCAUAUGCUCUGGCAGUAUACCCGCUGCGCUGACAAAUAAUUAUAGGAAGUCUUCACACUCAAUGCACAGUUCGGCUAGCGCUGGAUUGACUUUAUCGAGUGCGCAGCGCAGAGCAUCUCAAGGUUCAUCGAGCUCUUCUUCUAACGGAUCGUCUGGCCCAGGUGCUGUUUAUGCGUCAUCUGUAGCUGCAGCGUCUAGUUCUAUGCGGGUUCCACCAGGAUCGGAAGCACCAGCCCUUGCUUCUGCAAAUCCACCUCCUGCCCCUCCUUUGCCCGCUGGAGGUUUAGGUUCGUUAUUUUGUUACCUUAACUUAUUAGCUGAAACUAUUUUAGCCCCUCUAAGUACCAACGCUCCUCCAGCGCCUCCUCCACCACCACCACUGGGAGGUUUAGGAACGAACAAGUCCAGCACUAUGUCAAUUGCAGAUCAAAUUAAGAAUGUCCAGUUGCGAAAAACUAAUACCAAUUCUAAUUCCACAGCUCCUACUAAAAACGAGAAUUCUGCAGCCGCUCGUGGGCAUGGAGCUUUGUUUUCUGAGCUCGAGGCAACACUAAACAAGCGUAAAAAUUAUGUUGAGAAUGAGUCUCGAUCCUCAGGUCUUUGCCACUUAUUUGUGUAUUAUUUUAAUUUAGAACCAGGUGCAGGCAGUAUUACAAAACGUGCUUGGGAGAGACCCGCUGGAACUGGUGCUUUUACUGGUCCGAACAAUGGUAGCACCGAUUCGCCAAGGAUGCAUAGAAACGUAAAUAGAGCCCAUAGUGGUUCUUCUUUGUCAAGUCAGGAAGAGCCACGACAGAACGCUAACAGCCUGGCGAAUAAAAAUGGUGACGCAGGAGUUAUUGCAGCUCAGAUAACUCCGGAAAUGCUUGAAAAAUGGAAGGUAGACUUGUUGAAUGAGGUGGGAGAACUGAUCAACAGAGCCAAGGAAGAAAUAUUGGGAGCUAUAAGGCAGGAAAAAAGAUAG